GACGAAUGGAUGGGAUUUGGGUCCCUCAAAGGUGUUUUCAUAAAGAAAGGUUGAGUCAUGGAGGUCUCACCUGAGUCGCUGCAGAGAGUCCUCCUCUGUUUGGCCGUUCUGUCUGUGAUCUUGGUCUUGUGUGAAGGAGACUGCUGGCGACUCAAACAUACACUCGAGAUAGUAAAUGGUUUCCUGAUGCCUCCAGACGAAUGCAUAGAUAUUUAUGAUCGCAGUAAGCAUCCGGUGAGAUCCAGUUGGGAUACGGCUAAAUGCAUGAAAUGCGAGUGCAGCAUUUCAGGAAUGGAAUGCUGUCGCAGAAGCGACUGCGAAUCCACCUAAAAGUCUUACCAGACGACCACAAUAUUCUGCAGCUGUUGUUGCUGAGUUUUAAAUAGGCUCCUUUUGGAGAAGAGAACUUCAAUAAAGCAGCUCUUCCUUGC